CGGAGUGCAAACUUCUGAAGUCAGCACGAUGGAUUAUAUCUGAUCAAUAUAAUUUAUGAUCAAAACGGUAGCGGACCCAUCUCGGGGAGAGGGACAAUCAAAGUGAAAGCGACGACGCCCUUGUUCAUUUAUUUAUUUUUCCGCAUGAGACUCACAGGAUGGGGAGUCCUAGUCUUCUUAUCUAUGAACUAACCGAUCCUUCACCUCCUCCAUUAUUUCUUCAUUACCUCCAGACUACCUGCUCUAUCUUCCUGUAUCCCCUUUAUUUAUAAUCCUUCUCUUCUCCUUUCCUUUCCUUUCCUUUCCUUUCCUUUCCUUUCCUUUCCUUUCCUUUCCUUUCCCACUCUACUCUCUGCCAUGUCUGUAUCCAUGAGGAAUCCGCCUCAGCGCCGCCGUUCCCUGGGUCCUGUCUCCCCGAAACGCAUCUAUAGGAACCUGUCCGUGAGACUGCGGGGCGGAGACUCGUCUGUUGCCGGGGAAACGGACACACCUAAGCAUCCUAGCAAGUCUGCGGCUGCUUACCAGACCCUGUGGGAGGCAGUGGAAAAUGAGGACACUUUGGCUGUACAAAGCCUGCUGUCCAGGGACCGCACCAACUGUGGAGGAGGAGGAGGCGCGUGGGAGAAAGGAGAGAAGAAAGAGAAAGACUGGGAGAGAGAGAGGGAGAAAGGGGUGAAUAGGGUGAGCGAGCAGGGCCUGGUCCCCCUGGACGUGGCUGCCCUUACCCACAAUUCCCCUCUGCUCCAUGUGUUGACAAAGGCCGGAGCCAGACACAACCCUGUCUUGUGUCGACCGGCAGAGUGGGCACUUAAGUUGGAUGCUCUGGUGGCGCUGGCAGCUAAACGAGUGGAGGAGAGGAAGGAGGCCCUGGUGGUGAGGGCAGGGGCGUGGCCGAACUCACAGGCCGACAUCCAGAGACAGCUCCACCUCUGGAGCCUCAGGCAGCAGCUGUACUGCCGGAUGAGGGAGAACUUCCAAAACACAGAACUCCCUGGCCCUCCCAGUCAUGUGUCCGUACUGGUGACCAGCUCCACCUCCCUGUUUGUGGUCAUCAAAGAGCCAGACAGCAGCAGCCUGGGGCUGAUCACACGCUACAGAGUGGAGUGGAGCACCUCAGCCAGCUUCAAACGUAUCCUCGGCUCAGCCCAAGUUACAGACACCAAGAGCCCUUCCCACAGCAUCACAGGGCUCACAACUGGAGUGCAUUACUUUGUAAGAGUGAGCGCCUACAACGUGAAGGGAUGGGGUCCGACGCAGUGCACUACUCCAGUCAGUGCUGCCCCCUCCAGCUGGAGAGAGUGCACUGGUGUGAAGUCGCAAUUAAGGAACCAAGAAGGGCUUGUGAGGAAACUGCUGGAACAGACCAGAGAGCCACAUUACAGGGGAUAUUGCAUAGAGAGCUCCAAGCCCCAGAGCCCUAGCAAGCGUCUGUCUAUGUCUCGAGGCAUCAAACAGCUGUUCCAGUCAGCCACCAAGUUUGUUCGCCUCCUACAGAGAGGUGUGUACCUGGCUACUGUGUUCUACCACAAGGACAACAUCCUGGUGACAGCAGAAGAUCAGCUCCCACUGGUGGAAAUCCAAUGCUGCUCCACCUCCAUCACCCAGGACUUCCUUUGGUUUGCCAAGCUGUCCUGUGCAUGGCAGCAGGUGCCCUGGCUCCAGCAGGCCCUCUCCUCUGCUCACUCGUCUUCCUCGUCACUCCUUCAGAACAGACACAACAUUUUAAGAGCCGUUUCCCAGCUGCAGUCAUCCCUGGGGACGGUGGACCUGGGCCAAGUCUACUAUGAGCCUCUGAAGGACCGACAAGGCAACGUCCUACUAGUGACCAUGAAGGAGUUCCCCAACCCUCCUCGGCCUCCUGACCCUCCGCUGCACUGGAUGCCCCUGGCACGCCUGGAAAAGAACCGCAGCCGAGCUCCUCUGCUGCCAGAGCCCACUGCCAUGGACACACUCAAUGAGCAGCUCAAGGAGAAGUUGUCCUUCCACAGGCACAGCAUUCAGUGGGCCCAGCCGGGUCUGUAUGUGGGCAUCCUGAAGCUGUGCAGCUCUGUAGAGCAGAUCCGGGUCCUGGUGCCCCAGAGGCUGCCAAACCUCCUCUGCCACACACGGGUCCGCCAUAACCCUCACGUGACCAGAGAUGAGUGGGCGUGGCUGCAGAGUCAUGUCUUCACCACAGCCAAUGGCAGCAUGCAGAACCUGUUGAGCGGCGAGGACGAGAGCUCGAUGGAGAGCAGCGGGCUGGUGGAGUUCGUCAGGGCCCUGAGAGCAGCUGUCACUCACCUCCUGACAAAGCUCAACAUCCCCCUCUACAGGGCAUAUCAGUAUGGUGUGUACACCCGGGAGCUGCUGCAAUUUGGAGACAAGUUGUCCAUGCUGCUGCUGCUGCCUCCCAGUGAGGACUUCAGCUCCAGCUACUGGCCUCUGGUGGGCACCAAGGAGCCUGGCCUCACCAUGCCCCUACAGAUCUUUGAGCUCGUUCACUUCUGGACGUAUGAGCGAGACUUCCUGUCCCAGUAUUGCCAGGCCUGGGUGAGGUUGGAGCUGGACACUCAUCUGUCUCAGCAGGCCCUGCGGGAGGCCUUGGACACCAAAGAAGUGCAGGAGGCCCGAGAACGCCUGAACCACAUCACCCAGCUGUCCCAGCGCCUUGAUGCGGUGUGGCGGGAUGCCCGCUGGAUUAUGGACUGUCUGCAGUGUGUGCGGUCCAAGCAGUGGGUGGGGGCAGUGCCACUGGGCCUGGUGAUGGGAGGAGAUCCACCUCCACGCCCUGAUGGUGAGGAAGAGGAAGAGAGUUUGACAGCCAGACUGACGUGGCCCCAUCGGCUACAAGCACAGAGAACUGUUGCAGAGAGCUUAGUCAGCGUGACUCCAGCAAAUGUGGUCAGUGCAGAGGUUUCUGCUCCAGCAGGUGUCCUGGUUGUCCAUGAAGAGACCGCUAUAGCGUUAAUGGAGGGCGUUGCUAAGGGAGGGUAUCCCGUAGACAUCAGCGCCCAAUCAACUGUGGACUUGGCAUGCAUUGGGCAGCCAGAAUUGGGAUGCGAAGGCACUUCAAUGCAAUCAGGCCUUGAGCAUGCCGCUGUUGGCCACCUGGAGAUGGGAUAUGAUAGUUUGGUUAUGCAGGAGCCUUACAUGGAAGAGCCGAGCUAUCCUCCCAGCAUCGGUGAAGUAAUCCAACCAAUGGAGAUGGCGGAGUUGGUGGACAUCUUGCCCACACUGAGUCUUAUCGAGGAAGAGACCCCAAGUGACCCUACAACACCAUCGGUAAUGGAUAUGCUAGAGAGCUUUGGACUGGGGAUCGACGAAAACAGUGCUUUCUUUGAUUUAGGGAAAUCAGACUUGAUCAUUGGAGCCGAGAGUCUUUCACACCCCAGUGUCAGCUGUAAUGACAGCAGUACUAUGGUGGCAGAGAACAGUUUGGGAGAGGGAUUCUGUGAGAAUAUGAUUUUACAAGGUCAAGACAUGUCUGCUGCAGUGAACACAGUGGAUGCCACUGCUACCGUCAUGUCUGCUUUGAGUUGGGAUUUACCUCCAGAGGAUACAGACACAGAGUUUCCCAACAAGGGGAAUGGUUUUCCACUGAGAAGCCAGGUGGAGUGGGUCAGACCCUCUCACCUGUCAUCCUGAUACCUCUUCAAGUCUUGGCAUACAUGAAGUUGUGUGGUUUCACCCAAUUCAAUUAUCAAACUAAAAGAAACAUGUAGGGUGCAGUGGCUACAGGCAAAUCAUCACCCUAUCAUCACCUGAGCACAGAUAAAUAGCCCUCUGCCAAAUAUCACUAACUAUUAAUGAAGAAAAUGCAGACCUGAAAAAAGAUUGGCUUGUGGUGCAAUUAGAUCACGGCUAAUCUAAUGAUGGACAUGGGAAGAGAAAGUACAAAAAACAUUUUUAAAAAAUGGACCGAUUUAUAUCCUUUGCACAUUUUUGGGGGGCUGUAGUCAAACUUUUUCAUGACGCAGGGUUCAGUGCAUUAAAGAGUAACUGAGCACCAUAUCACAUAGUGCUGAAAAGUGAUGCUGCACUGCCCUCUGGUGGUUGAUAUUGUCAGGCGUGUUGCAUUUCUGGUCACACCCACUCAACGAUGUAGCCGCAGGUGACAGCUGCUAAAAAAGCUGCUGCCACAACACUGACUGGGUGUGGCCAGAAGUGCCACAAGCUUGAAAGUGUCAGCCUGUGGAGGGCAGUGCUGCAGAUGUUUUCUGCUUGUGUUGAUUCGCUCUUUAAAGCAUCUUUUAUAAAAAAAAACCUAAGCAAGAGUAGUAGGUUUUAUAACUUGAAAAUCCACCAGUCACUACAGUACUUAGGAAACAUUUCCACUUAUCUUGGGAACCAGUAGGGAACUCAUUAAACAAUAGAUCACAAUAUCUUGAUAUUUUUCUGCAUGACAUCAUGUGC